AUGACGUAUCCGAUUCCAUCUUCGGAUCGUCGUCGAUUUCUUAAAGAUUUUCUCGAAGAUGUCGUUCGAACCCUAAACAAUCCGAAUUUCGAAACUGUUCGGUACAUAUUUCCAAAUGCAAGUUUCGAUCAAAUGGUUGAACUAUAUAGACAAAAAGAUUUAUUGGCUCGAGAUUUUUAUGUAGCUGAAAAUGAUUUAAGAAUUUGUCGUGAAAUUUUAAGCUUUGAUAAUAUUCAACAUUUUUCUAAAACGUUAAAGAUCGCAACCGAUCUUCAAGUUAUUUGUGAUUCUUUGAAACGUUGGAAGAGUACAAAAAAAUUUGUUAUGGAUUAUACCAUGGAUUUUUCUCAUGCUUUAAUGGGUCAUUGGGCAAGACAUUAUCAAUUGAUGAAUCCAGAUGUUGAUAAUUGGGAUUGGGUGAUACCGGAAGCGAUGGAAUUACCAUCAAAUGAUUAUACAGAUUAUACAGAACCGGAUCCAGACAAGUUACCACCACUUCCUUCAAUCUUUGGAGGUAUUGUACCAGAACCUCCGGAAUAUAAACCAUUAGUAAAUGAUCCAUCCAGCAUAGUCUUACCUUAUUAUACUCCAAAACGUACAUUACAAGAUACAAAUAACAAUCUUUAUCAAUUAAAGAAAUCUAUGGAACAAAAAUUAAAAGAUUGUAUAAAUAACAAAGAAGAAGAAAUUAUAAAUUGGUAUUCAAAAAGGUUACGCGUUGUAGGUUUUUCACCAAAAACACCAGAUUCAAUUCAACAAUUCCCAUUUACUUUUAGAGGAUUUAGUGCAAUACUUCGUGAAGAUGACUUGUUGUCUUUCCCUUAUUUAGAUCAAUUUAAAAUACCUUAUGACAUGCAUUGUUGA